AUGACGAACACUUUGAGUCAUGUCAAACACUGUGUGAGUCAUGACAAACACUGUGUGAGUCAUGUCAAACUCUAUGUGAGUCAUGUCAACCACUAUGUGAGUCUUGUCAAACACUGUGUGAGUCGUGACAACUACUAUGUGAGUCUUGUCAAACACUACGUAAGUCAUGUCAAACACUGUGUGAGUCAUGUCAACUACUGUGUGAGUCUUGUCAAGCACUGUUGUAAGAGUCACGACAACCACUAUGUGAGUCUUGUCAAACACUACGUAAGUAAUGUCAACCACUAUGCGAGUCAUGUCAAACACUAUGCGGAUCAUGUCAACCACUAUGCGAGUCAUGUCAACCACUAUGUGAGUCUUGUCAACCACUAUGCGAGUCAUGUCAACCACUGUGAGUCUUUUCAAACACUAUGUGAGUCAUGUCAACCAUUAUGUGAGUCUUGUCAACCACUAUGUGAGUCUUGUCAACCACUGUGA